GUGUUUUGCUUUUUGAAUAGAAUUUGUGAGAGAUGGUUCUUUGCCUUUUCCUUUUGAUUUUGAAGAAGGGAGUACUUAGGAGAUGAUGUUAGACCAAUAAUCAACACCAACAAAAAUGCAAUAUUGGCCUAAACAACAACAACAACAACAACAAGCAGCAGAAGAAGAAGCUGUUCUAAGGCUAUUCUACAAUCUCUCCACCUCCUUCUUCCUUCUUUUCUUCUUCAUCUCCUUCUCCUCCAUUUUACUUUUCAAAUUCCUCCACUUCCUGGGCACCCCUUUAUUCCCAAGAAAUGAGUAUGAAUAUGAAUACAACUUCUCAUCCGAGGAGGAGGAGGAGGAGGAGGAAGAAGAAGGAUAUGGCAACGGAAUCCACGGCGAGACUGGAACAGUGUCGUACCUCGACGAAGAAGCCGAAACUCGGAUGAGUCGGUGGCAAAGGCAGCUUCCAGAUGAAGAAGAAGAAGUAUUGCUCACUGACUUGGAGGAGCCCUGGAUUAUGGACUCCACAGACCCUGAUGGCCAAACCACUACCAAUAGCUCAGUUUAUGAGUCUCCUCAAGCCUUAGAACAACAUCAAUAUCAUCAACACCAAGAUGAAGAGGAAGAGGAAGACCACCAGAUGCCAGAACAACUUAAGGGUUCAUUGGAGGAAGAUAAAAGAAGAGGAGAUGAAAAUAGGAAGAAGGAGGAGGAAGUUAAAAAGGUUAAUGAAAAUGAGAAAUAUUUGGUAUUUGCAGCAACUAAAAUGGUUAAAAAAGAAGAAGAAGAGAUAUUUGGGGAUUCAUGCACCGUUGGAUCAACUUCAAAGAGUUCAUCAGAGUGGAGAAGCUCAAUAAACUGUAGAGAUUCUGGCACUGAUGAUCCAUUUUCUUCUUCUUCAAGGAGGAGCUGCCCCAAAUGGGAAUCCUACACUGUUUUCCAGAAAUAUGAUGAAGAAAUGAUGUUUCUUCACAGAAUCACAGCCCAAAAGCUUCAUGAAACAGAAUCACUCAGAUUAAUUCAAAUGUGUCCAAGAUCAGUAUCAGAGAGGAUUGUUCAUAAGUUAUCAACCAUUAACAAGAAGCCUUCACAUCAUGUAAAGCAAAAUCCUUAUCAAGAACUGGAGGCUGCUUAUGUGGCACAAAUUUGCUGGACAUGGGAGGCUCUUAACUGGAACUAUAACAACUUUGUCAACAAGAAAUUGGGUUCUAAUUGUAAGACAGAUUUGGACACUGGAUGUCCAGCCAAACUCGCUCAACAGUUUCAACAGUUUCAAGUUCUUCUUCAGCGUUAUAUCGAGAAUGAGCCUUACGACCACGGCCGUCGCCCUGAGAUCUAUGCUCGUAUGAGACGUUUGGCUCCUAAUUUGCUCCAAGUCCCUGAAUUUAUAGAUUCAGAUGAAGAACAAAAGGAAGAUGGUUCAAGAAUAUCCUCACACUCAUUUCAAAUGAUAAUGGAAGAAGGAAUAAGAACAUACAUGAAUUUCCUGAAAGCAGAUAAAGAGAAACCCUCUCAAAUUGUAGCUUCAUUUUUCAAGAGGAAAAACAAGGGUUCAGUUGAUCCAAAUCUCCUCCAACUCAUGAACAAAGUUAACCAAAAAAAGACGAAAAAGCUUAAACACCUUCGUCGUGCUGGGAAGUGCUUGAGGAGGAAACGGAAGAUGGGAGUCGAGGAAGAAAUGGAGAUUUUGAUGGGUCUUAUAGACCUAAAAGUGGUGUCUAGGGUUUUGAGAAGCGCAGAUAUAAUAAACGAACAACAACUCCAUUGGUGCGAGGCGAAAAUGAGGAAAGUUCGGAUUUUGGAUGGGAAACUUCAUAGAGAUUCCUCACCUAUUUUUUUCCCACCUCAUUGAUGAAUUAAAGGUAUUUUUGUUGGUUUGGUGAGUCAUCCAUGGAGGAAAGUGACUGUGUUGGGAGAAACCCUUUUGAAAAAAGUUGAAUAUGUGAA